AUGCAACCAUUUCCGCGUGGCUCGUGCUUGAUACCGAGUGCCGUGCUUCUUCCUGGGCCCUCGAACCGCAAGUUUUUAACGAUCGAACGACGCGUUUUCGUUAAUUGUGCGAUAUCAUGAACGGUAUCGUGAGGAACGCGCUGCGCGUCUCGUCUCUUCGCGGUGUACUGUCGUUGUCGUCACCGGCAGCAAUCGGCGGCGGCAAUCAAUCCUCGAGGGCACUAUGGAACAUGUGCACUCGCCGGCGGAGUGCCGAGAUCACGCCUCUCGCUUCCCAGUUCAAGCAGCACGACUUCUCCAGCCGUAGAUGCUACAGCAAGUCGCAUACCAAAGCGGAGAAAGAGUUGGUGGAGUUUUUGGCAGAGGAGAUCGUAGCCGAGAAGAAGGCGCAGAAGCUAAAGACUAUACCCACAACGUUGGACGGUUUCUCCAUAUCGCUCGAUGGUGCGGAAGUCAAUCUUGACAAGAAGGAUGGCACCGAUAAGAUUCAUAUUUCGUUCAAUGUGAACCACACAGUGGAUGCAGACUCCGAUGCAGACGUCGAUCCUCGACAGGACGAUGUGGAGAUCGGUGAGAUGAAGAGCAAGCCGUCUUUCACAGUGGACAUAAUCAGGGGCAGUCAGACGCUGGGCUUCACAUGCUCCUUCAAUAGUCAACCCGGUGCGUCGGGUGCUGAUGAGAGUUACAAUGACGUAUUCGGCAUCGACGAGAUCACGUUGUACGAGGGCGAGCACAAUCAGAAGGUGUACUCGGUAGCCGGUGAGAUCCUCGACGGUUAUCUGUACGAUUUGCUGAUGAAUUACCUCGAGGAGAAGGGUAUUUCUAACGAAUUCGCUGAUAAGCUGGUCAACCUGAGCACAUCCUACGAGCACACAGCCUAUGUCAGCCUGUUGGAGGGUCUGUCGAAAUUCACGUCUGGAAAAUAAUUCUAGGUUCUAAUAUUAAGAUUUCCUGCGACUUAUGACCGUAUAUAGUUGUACAACUAAAUAAGAAAAUCGUUAAUAAACAGGUAUAUGUACUGAUAUAUGUUCAUUAGUAGAUUUUGCAAAAUAUUCAGAUGGAAUAUUUGGAGCAUAUAGAAAGGUUAAAAUGAUUAUUUUUUAUUUGUGUAAAGAGAAAAUAUAAUUUCCCAUGAAA